CUUUCCUCCAUUUCCAUUUCACUCUUUCUCCUCUUUAAACCCGAAAAUGGCGGUCUGUAGGACUAAAACCUUGUUAUUGUUACUCCUCCUAGUUUCCCUUUGCAACACUUUGGAUCUAUGCAUUGGGCAGCAAUCCCCUGCCUCUGACCACGCUUGUUCCCAUGGUCACCAUCAUCACCAUGACCAUGGAAACUCCCACCAUCAUCAUGAUCAUGAUGAUGUUGAUCUAUCCGUUAGUAAUAAAAGGAAGUUGCUCCCAGAGGAGCUUGCUGAGGAAGAAGACCUUAAACUUUUCGGCUUUGCAUCGGACCAUCACGACCACCACCACCACCACCACCACCACCACCAUGAAGAUCACCUUGAUGGGUCCCACUCCAAUCUCACCGGAAUUCAACUUUGGAUUAAUGCAAUGGGGUGUUCCCUUUUGGUGAGCUUGGCUUCACUUAUCUGCUUGACCAUUGUUCCUAUCUUAUGUGCACAUGGCAAACCAUCCAAGGCUGUCGUUGAUGCAUUGGCGCUAUUUGGGGCUGGUGCCAUGCUGGGGGAUGCCUUUUUGCACCAAUUACCUCAUGCUUUCAGUGGUGGGCACUCUCAUUCACAUGAUGAUCAUGCUCAUUCUGAAGAUUCACAUUCGCAUUCUCAUGCUCAUUCCCUGAAAGAUCUGUCCAUUGGACUGUCAGUCCUAACUGGCAUUGUAGUUUUCCUGAUCGUGGAGAAGAUUGUUAGGUUUGUUGAAGAAGUUUCUGGAGGUGAACAUUCAGGGACUCAUUCUCACCAUCAUCACCGCCAUAAAAAAAGCAGUAAAAAACUGAAGGAUGAUGAUGAUAUUGAUGAGAAAUCAUCAGAGAAGCCAUCUAAACAGAAAUUAUUAAAUGGAGCUGCUGAUGCAACUUCAAAAUCAAAGCAAGUUGCUGGGUCCCGGUCUGAAUUAAAGAAGAGAAACAAAAAUGGCAACACCAGUGGUGACAAGUCAGACAUAGAUGCCGCUGAUGGCAAAGUAGGAGAAGCAAAGCCUACAAAACAGCCAUCCAACCUGGUCUUUGGAUAUCUCAAUCUCUUCUCUGAUGGUGUGCAUAAUUUUACUGAUGGCAUGGCCUUGGGAAGUGCAUUUUUACUUUAUGGAUCUGUCGGUGGAUGGUCUAGAACAAUUUUCUUGCUUGCUCAUGAACUCCCUCAAGAGGUUGGUGACUUUGGAAUCUUGGUACGAUCAGGUUUCAGCGUGUCAAAGGCUCUGUUUUUCAACUUCCUAUCAGCACUCGUAGCGUUAGCAGGAACAGCACUGGCUUUGCUUCUUGGCCAAGAUCCAGGACAGUCAUCUCUUAUUGAGGGGUUCACAGCUGGUGGAUUCAUCUAUAUCUCGGUAGCUGGUGUUCUAGCUGAGAUGAACAACAACGGGAGCCCUGGUCUAAAAAGUACUGUAACCCAAUUGAUUUCACUUAUUUUAGGAAUGGGUGUUGCCCUUUGGAUUUCUCUUGUAGAAUGAAAAUCCUUCCCCUGACCAUAAACUGCAAAAAGAAAAUGAAUAAAUGUUAUUUUUGCUUAUUUACCAAUGAAUUUUUGAGGUUUGAAGUCGUGAAUCGUAGCCUUGUGGAAGAUUGGCAUA